UAUAAAUAUAGUGCAUGGUCAUGCAAUUCUUGCAUGCUGUUUGAUGAAGAUGGGCUCAGCUUCUCGAUUUCUUGUUGGUUUAGUUUUGGUGAUUUUGUUUGUGGAUUGUUUGGUUUGUGCAGGUGAUCAUGUUGUGGAUGAUGAGAAGCUGUUGGGGAAGCCGUUUCUUCGGAAGCCGAAGCCGUUUCUGCGGAAGGGCUUUGGCUUCGGCGGCGGCGUAGGGCUCGGCCACAGGAAGGGGUUCAAGCGUAGAUUUGGCGGUGGUGGGAUUGGCGGAGGGAUUGGUGGCGGAGGAGGGUUUGGCGGCGGCGGGGGUUUGGGUGGAGGGGGUGGGUUUGGUGGUGGUGGGGGGUUGGGUGGAGGGAUAGGUAGUGGUGGAGGGUUAGGGGGGGGUGGUGGAUUGGGGGGAGGGAGUGGUGGUGGUUUGGGAGGCGGAGGCGGCGGAGAAUUUGGUGGAGGAGGAGGUGGAGGAGGAGGGCUAGGAGGUGGGGGUGGUCUAGGGAAUGGUGGAGGGCUUGGAGGCGGCGGUGGAAGCGGCUUCGGAGGAGGAGGUGGACUUGGAGGUGGGGGUGGUCUUGGCGGCGGCGGCGGUGGCGGUGGUUUUGGUGGUGGAGGUGGAGGUGGUGGUGGCCAUUGAAUUCGUCCUUAAUUAUUUGUCAUUUCAUAAUUUUCAUCUAUGUUGAAGUAGUUGGGAGUGUUGAAUAUUGAUAGGUAAUUGUGUUUGUGGUGUUUUUAUUUAUUUGUAGUAAUUGGUGAUGGAUGUGUUUGUUUUUCCAUGAGAUAUGUGAUGUUUCUCUGUAAUAAAUUUAAUACUUUCCUUGUAUAA